CGCGCAUAUAAUUCCCGAGCUGACCCACUAAACACAUUCACACACACUCGCUCGUUGCUUUUCCGUGCGGAAUGUUAGGAAGCUGAACCUUUUCGGAAUAUAAACGCUAAUUGAAGGGAGCCUGACUACGCUUUUCUGACGCUGGGCUUGCUUGCUGUUCUGCUGGGGAAUUAGCGCAGUGUUUGAAGGAGGGGAGAAGCCAUGGCAGAACACAUGAUGAUGCCCAUGAGCCACAGCCAGGUGAAUGGAAACCUGAAUGGCUACCGAAUGGGCAUAAACGGCCAGCAACAUGCCCCCCAGCCUGGCUUAAGAGCCAUGCCCAAUGGACAGAUGAUGCAUUAUGGGCCCCAGGGUGCCAUGCAGCGGCCCAACAUGGUAAUGAAUGGGCAGAUGAAUGGAGGAGCGAUGGGUCAUCACCAAAUGCAGUCAGCCAACAUGAUGUACAACAACCAGGGUCAGCAGCACCAGCAGCAUCCACAGCAUCAUAUGCACCAGCAGCACCAUCAAGGCCAACAACAACAACAACAGCAGCAGCAGCAGCAGCAGUACAUGUCUGGAGGCCUUAACUCCCAGCAACUCAUGGCCAGCAUGCAUCUGCAGAAACUGAACAACCAGUACCACACGCACCCGCUCGGUGCCAUGAAUGGGCAUCAUGUGCCGAACGGAGCUCAGUUUCGCAUGGGUCCGGCUCAGCUGGCCAACGUGCAGCACAUGGGUGGUCCAGCACUGGGCCUCAGCUGCAUGGAUGCUGACCUGAUUGACGAAGAGGUUCUCACAGCGUUAGUCAUGGAGCUGGGACUGGAUAGAGUGCAGGAGCUGCCAGAACUGUUUCUGGGACAGAACGAGUUUGAUUUUUUACCAGACUUUGUCAGCAAACAGCAGCCCAGCACAGUCAGCUGCUGAGGCUUAUACAAUGAGACACUGAAAGGGUGAACAAUGCAGUAAAAGGUGAUAAUUACCCUGUUCGUAGUCUUGAAGAGAACUGUCUCUGCAAAGUAGAAAAGAGCAGGCAGAUGUUUCUCUGGUUCACUACCGGAAAGAGUGGUGGAGCUUCAGCCAGAGCUGUGUCCCUGUUGGGAUUGGGUAGUAAAUAAUACUCCCACCUUUCCAGACAUGAAUGUAACAACAUUGCAGAACUAUGAGCCCGGUGCAAUGUAAAGCACUCUUAGUUCUCAUAGCUGGUUCGCAUUCACAUGUAACUUAUUUAUGUUCACUCAGUACCAACAUAUUGCAAAGCUUAGAGGAAGUACUGUGCAGGAUGUUGUGUUGCAGUUUUGGUUGGGGGAAUGAGGGGUUGGGGAUCUAAAACGUGUAACUCGAGGCUCUAUAGUCUUAUGGUUUGGUGUUGAACUGGGAGAUUUCCAUUUAUAAUGAACUGGUCAAAUACAGUAUUAAUCAGCUAUGUAUGUGCUCCCAUUACAUGUACCAAGCAAACACAUCUAGAUAUUUUCCAGUAUCUACUGUGGAUUUUGCCAUUAUAAAUGUAGAUCUGCCUUAAAUCACAUUUUAAAAAAUUUAUUUCUUUAAUUAAGCUUUGAGGUUAAGAGGGGUUAAAUUAAACAUUUGGCUUUGCUCCUUUUUUUUUUUUUUAAUAAAGAUGGCCAAGUUUUAUCUCUGGCCUAAUUUUAUGUUCUUCUCUGAAUUUCUUGGAAUAACAGAGAAUGCUGCUGAAAUCAAUAAAUAGGCCAUAAGUUGCUGUCUUGCAUCCUUUGUGGUAGAGGCUUUAACAGUGAUCCUUUUUUUUUUUUUAAGUCCAGGCAUGAUUUCAAGAGUGAUGCAUCUUUAAAAACAGACACAAGCCAUAUUGUCUCUUUAUUCUGCUUCUACUUGACACCAAAUGGUAGCCACUAGUGUGCACAGGCCUUCUUGCAUUCUAGCCAUAUUUUAAAACCAUGUUUGUUCUGCCCACCUCUUUUGUUGUGUUGAUCAAACAUGAUUUGUUGGGUGUAUGUCUUGACUUUGUGACCCAUAGCCAAGCUGAUUACCACAUAAUGUGUUUUCAUUUUUUUUGAACAAACAGUGUACAUGUGUUUUGUAGGGGGUGGGGUGGUCAGUGAGAACAGUCUAGGUUAAUCUGUGCUUACCUUGACUACCCAGACUCUUCAUGCCUCCAGAUUUUGCAUCUGAGAACACAGAGCAUGGGCUCCAUUUAUGGCCAUGUCCUGCUGGACCUUUUGGAGGGGGUUGUAAUGGCAAUCCUGCUUCUCAAACUAGGUGAAGGAACAGCAGGGCAGAGGUUAUGUAGAUGUCUAUAUUGAACAUGUUUUUUCUCAAAGGAGAACAUGCAGGCAAGUUAAGGAUGGCUUAAUGGAAGACUUUCACUUAACGGAUUUAGCACCCUAGAGCUUGUUUAUUCUGUCCAGGUCAGCCAAUUUGUGUCAUGCUCGAGGGGUGAACUAUAAUGCUGUCACACUGUAAACUUACACUAGUCUUUCUAUGUAUAAUUGACUUUUCCUGGCUUGACAUUUUAUUUUCGGAACAGCAAUUGGAAGCUAAUCUGACCGUCGCUCAUGGCUGCCUAGAUAUCAGGGUGGAUACAACUGGUCCUCUGCCUUUUCUCUUGCUUUUGUCUGAAGAAAAUGUAUUUAUUUUAAGCAAUAAUAAACUAUUUUAUUUAUGGAACAAAA